AUGAGAGUGUUGAUAGCUUUUCUAUUGAUUGCAGAGCUCGUUUUUGCCACGGAUAUUCCUGGUCUUACUGAGAGAAAAACGAAAAGAGGUAGAAGAAAAGAAAGAGAAAAAAGCAAAGGAAAACAGGACAAAUCUUCACGAUUAUUGAGAAAACUUCGGAAACAACUGUCAGAGCAAAGUCAGAUUCUUCAAAAUCUUCAAAAUGCGGUGGACUCUUCUUCGCUCAAAAUCCGUGAUUUGGACUCAACAAUUUUGCAGCUCUCAAGCGAGAGAAGAAACAUGACUCGCGAGUUCGAACACAUCAGGGAAGAACGAACGCUCGUCGACACUCGUCUCUUCUUUCUCGAGCAAAAGGCAAUGGAUCUUCAAAUUCUUCAAGCAAAAUUUGACAUCUUGGAACAAGACAACCACCGAAUCAAACUGCGCAACGAAGCCUUGUACGAUGAACUUUUCGAACUUCGCGGAGGAAAUUCUAUCUCUCGUCCUAAACCCGAAGUUAUCACAGUUAAUGGUCACAACUCUGGAAGCAAUCUCCACUUUAGCCGGAAUCUUAGAGCUGAGCGAGUGCCGGAUAUAGAGAGGACGAUGACAUUGGAAAUCGCAACGCCGAAAAGUGUGAUCGUGACAGGUGGUAGAAGGCAUGGCGUCGCACUCGAUCAAGUCAGACUGGUCAGCCCAAACUUUGUUGUCACCGAACUAGACCCGCUGCCGUCGCCUCUUAUUCAACACUGCAGUUGUUCUUUCAACGGUCAAAUCUUCCUCAUCGGUGGUACAGCUGGAGUCGGCUUUCCUCGACGAGAAGUUUUUGUCCUCAAUCAUGGUCGAUCAUGGAGUAACGCGCCUGACCUUCAGUUUCCCAGGACAAAACUCGGAUGUGUCAAUUUUGCAGACCGACUCUUCGCCAUUGGCGGUAACUCGGGAAGCAAUGCUGCUGGAGUUUUGGAUUCGACAGAAUACCUUGGCAUUUUCUCCGGAAAUCAGUGGAAGAAUGGACCGACGAUGCUCAGCCGACGAUACGACGCUCCUGCAGUUUCUUUCGACAAUGCUGUUUACAUCAUCGGAGGAAAAAGCGACAAAGGAGAGAUUCUCCGUACGACAGAAAAACUGUCCUUCCACAAGAACACCAAACGAAUGCGCUUUUCAAAAGGGCCUGUUUUACCAUUGACACUAGAAGGUGUGGCCGCCACGAGGAUAGACGACACGAUCUUUGUCUCUGGCCACUGUAUGAGUACACAAACGACACGAGUUUUGGAACUGGCUAUCAACUCGAGGACAUGGAAGGCCGUGGGCGACCUGAGAUCACCUCGCGUUUCCCCAAGUCUCGUCACCGUGGGAAACUCGCUCUGGUUUCUGGGAGGCUGUUGUGGUAAAAUGGCUAGCUUGGAAGAAAUCUACGUCUCUCGCGAAGGAAUCAAAUCGACUAGCAAAGAUAUUCAACUAGAAGAGCUUCAAGAAAUUUACGAAUUUAGCGCAACUUACAUACCAGAAAUUUGA